AUGGUCUGCUACUGGUUCUGCUUUGAGGUGCCCAGUAGAACCACGGUCUGCUACUGGUUCUGCUGGGAGCUGCCCAGUAGCACCAGUCUUCCUCAGACAAUCGUGUCGUCGACCGGCGCUCUGUCUCUGAGCAAGGUUCCAGCAGAGCUCAUCGUGAUCGGAGCCGGCGUCAUCGGAGUGGAGCUGGGGUCAGUGUGGCAGCGGCUGGGCUCCAAGGUGACGGCGGUGGAGUUCCUGGGCCACGUGGGGGGGCUGGGCAUCGACAUGGAGAUCUCCAAGAACUUCCAGCGCAUCCUGCAGAAGCAGGGCAUGAAGUUCAAACUGGGGACCAAGGUCAUGGGGGCGUCACGCCGGCCUGACGGCAAGAUCGACGUGGCGGUGGAGGCGGCUGCGGGGGGGAAGUCAGAGACCCUGAGUUGUGACGUCCUGCUGGUCUGCAUCGGGAGACGACCUUUCACCUCCAACCUGGGGCUGGAGGGGGUCGGCAUCACCCUGGACAACAGGGGGCGCAUCCCUGUCAACGGGCGCUUCCAGACCGCAGUACCCAGUAUCUUUGCCAUCGGUGACGUGGUGGCCGGGCCCAUGCUGGCCCACAAGGCGGAGGACGAGGGGAUCAUCUGUGUGGAGGGGAUGGCCGGGGGGGCGGUGCACAUCGACUACAACUGUGUCCCCUCCGUCAUCUACACCCACCCCGAGGUGGCCUGGAUCGGCAAGACGGAGGAGCAGCUCAAAGAGGAGGGCAUCCCCUACAAGGUGGGGAAAUUCCCCUUCGCGGCCAACAGCCGAGCGAAGACCAACGCGGACACAGACGGUCUGGUGAAGAUCCUCGGCCACAAGGAGACGGACCGCAUGAUCGGGGCCCACAUCCUGGGGACCGGGGCGGGAGAGAUCAUCAACGAGGCGGCGCUAGCGAUGGAGUACGGAGCUUCCUGUGAGGAUGUGGCCCGCGUUUGCCACGCCCACCCUACGGUGUCGGAAGCCUUCAGAGAAGCCAACCUCGCUGCAUCCUUCGGUAAAGCCAUCAACUUCUGAGAUCUCCUCGCUCGCUCCUGCGCUCUCUUGCUCUCUCACUCUCUCUCUCUCUCUCUCUCAGCCCCUUCUCUCUCACCCCCCUCUCUCUCUGUACAUAAUAAUUCUCUCUACGACCUCUGACCCAAGAAACACUCACGCACAACACCAGUAGCCCCGCCCCUCGCUGUGCAAUACUUUGUUAUUUAAACAUUUGGUGAGAACAAUAAAGUUAUUGGCCAGAGAUCUCA